UUUUCCUCCUCCUCUUCCUCCUUUCCUCCUCCUCCUCCUCCUUUCCUCCUCCUCCUCCUCCUCUUUCGCUGCUGCGUUCAUUAUUACUGUGAGGAGCAGAGGUACCGCAGCAAGACACAGCAGCAGGCGGAGAAAGAGGGCCGGUAAGGAGCGGAGAAUGAGAGCCACCGCCCGGAUGGAGAGCAGACCAGACACACCGCUGCUGAACCCCGAAGGAGGCGACAUGACUGCGGUAUAAACGGGGAGAGGACGCCGCUGCGCCUGUCGCAGCCUCACUCAGGAUGUCUGGACCUCCUGCCAGAACUGGGCCGGGUCUUGUUGGGCUGGGGCCGGAGCUACCUGACCUGAGCCACAUGACGGAGGAGGAGCGGAGCAUCAUCCUGUCUGUGAUGGAGAGGCAGAAGAAGGAGGAGGAGAAGGAACAGAGCAUGCUCAAGAAGUUACAUCAGCAGUUUGAGUUGUACAAGGACCAGGUGAAGAAGCUGGGGGAGGAGCCUCAGGUGCUUCAGACGGUGAGGGUGGAGUCUCCCACCUGUGGCAUUUGUCAUAAAACCAAGUUUGCAGACGGGUGUGGACGAUCCUGCUGCUACUGUCAGAGCCGCUUCUGCGCCCGCUGUGGGGGGCGUGUCCUUCUGAGAGCCAAUAAGGCCAUGUGGGUGUGUAACGUGUGCAGGAGGAAGCAGGAGAUUCUGACUCAGUCCAACACGUCGCUGCUGUCCGUGACCCACAGCUCACACAGGGUUACACACCCACCGAUGCAGGGGCAGCCAGGGGCCAAAGGGCCUCUGAGCAACGGCGUCCCGGGACGGAAGCCGAGCCCCUCUGGGUUGUAUUACGAUGGUGGGGGGGGCAGGAUGCCUCGCUCACCCUCUGACCAUAGUCCAGACCGCCGUGUUCGCUCACCACACGGUUACCAUGCUAACGGGGAGGAGGAGCCACGGGGCCGAAGGCGACCAAUCAGAGACGGACGAGGCCGCUGGCUCUCACAGGACCACCCUCUGGACGAGGUUCAGGAUGAGUACGAGAGGCGGCGGCGCCAGGAGGAGGAGUUUCAGGCUCGUUACCGUAGCGACCCAAACCUGGCUCGUUACCCGGUGAAGCCACAGCCAAGCGAGGAGGCCAUGAGAAUGUUGGCUCAGGUCGGCAGGGUUCGCCACCAACGUCGCCACAGUGAUGUCUCCCUGGCAACAGCCGAGUCCGACCACCUGACUCUGAGACAUCCAGGUCUCUCUCAGAACCGGCUUCAGGGAUUGGUCAGAUCAAGAGGUCAGAGGUCAUUGUCUGUGGACCGGGUAGCCAGUCACAUCAACCCCACUUCUCCACGCCACAGCUCAAUACCUCAGCAACACCUGGACCCGAGUUCCACCCUCAAGAGGAAGACAACCAAUGAGAGUGCAGCACAGAGGGCACGCAGGAUGGCCAAGAUGCACGUGAUUGGUAGCUUCAGCAGCUCGGAGGAGGAGCUAGUGACCACACCUGAGUACACAAGCUGUGACGAGCCUGACCGAGACAUGGAUGGCCAAUGGUGGGAUCACGGCGAGCCUGCACCAAUGUCCAUGCAUCCAGUCACAUGGCAGCCAUCCAAGGAUGGAGAGCGUCUGAUUGGUCGAAUUCUGCUGAAUAAGAGGAUGAAGGAUGGAACAGUACCUGCAGAUACAGGAGCCCUUCUGGGACUGAAGGUGGUUGGAGGUAAAAUGACGGAGUCUGGUCGUCUCUGUGCGUUCAUCACUAAGGUGAAAAGAGGAAGUCUGGCUGACAUUGUGGGACACCUGAGACCAGGUGAUCAGGUUUUGGAGUGGAACGGUCGGGUUCUUCAGGGAGCCACGUUUAAUGAAGUCUACAACAUCAUCCUGGAAUCCAAACCUGAACCACAGGUGGAGCUGGUGGUGUCCCGACCAAUCGGAGAUGUUUCCAGAGUGGCAGACAGCACCCACGUCCAGCUGGACUCCAGUUCCUUUGACUCCCAGAAAGUCGGUCCAUCCAUCUCUGUCACGUCUCCCAUGAGCCCCAGCGUUCUGUCCGGACAGGUCUCUACUGUGAACAGGCGCCCGCUGGUUCCCAGAAUUCAGGUGAAGCUGUGGUAUGAUAAAGUCGGUCAUCAGCUGAUCGUCACUAUUCUUGGUGCCAAAGAACUUCCUGUCCGAGACGAUGGCCGACCGAGAAAUCCGUACGUCAAGAUCUACUUUCUGCCAGACAGAAGUGAUAAGAGUAAGCGAAGAACAAAGACAGUGAAGAAGUCAGUGGAACCUCGGUGGAACCAGACCUUCAUGUACUCUCCGGUCCAUCGCAGAGAGUUCAGAGAACGGACACUGGAGCUGACAGUCUGGGAUCAGGCCCGGGUCCGAGAGGAAGAGAGCCAGUUCCUCGGAGAGGUCCUCGUUGAGUUGGACUCGGCUCUGUUGGACGAUCAGCCUCACUGGUACAAACUUCAGCUUCAUGAUGUUUCUUCUGUGCCGCUGCCCAAUGCCUCCCCCUAUCUGCAGAGGAGAGGACUGCAAGCCGAGGACGGACUGAGCAGCAGGAGACUGCAGAGGUCUCAGAGGCUCAGUGAUGGAGAGUUUUCAGACUACGACUGUGAAGAUGGCAUUGGGGUGAUAUCAGACUACAGACAGAAUGGGCGGGACUUCCACAGCUCAACCCUCUCUGUCCCAGAGCUGGUGAUGUCAUCCAAUCAUUGCUCUCGAUCCGAUGUGGUCAGGAUGAGGUCACGGUCGCCGAGCCAACCUCCUCCUCAGAGCGGUAACCCUCUGUACCCCUUGUACCGCGAAGACGCCGUGCGGCUGCUGCGAGGCUCCAAACUGAGUCGAGCGUACUCCGACGCUGGCCAGUACAGCAGUCUGGACAGGAGACCACUGAGGAGAAUGUCUCUUGCCAACUCGCUCGAUUCCCAGGACAGAUAUUUUAACGGUCCUAACCAAACUCCCUGGACAAACCACAUGAUGAAUGGGAGCUGUGAGGACUUCAGUCAAGACUUCAUUCCAGACUUCCCAUACGAACCUGAUGCCUAUGACGAAGAACUUCUCAGGUACAGUCGAGGGAUGGACCGGCGGGAUUACUGCAGUCGAUCUAGGUCAGCUGACCAGCGAGCGAUGGCAGACCGGCCCGUCUAUACGCGCUCACAAUCCACCGACAGAGCUGACUCCACCCACUCCGCCCACCUGAGGUCAGGGCAUUCUGCCCCCCCGUCCCCUGCCCCAACCAGGACAAACCCGCGAGGCGGAUCAACCCAGACGAGUCCAUCAGGAACGCCAGUAUACAGCCGCCGAGGACGGCAACUGCCCAUUAUCCCACCCAAAGGAGCUCCGGACAGAAACGGAGAACCUUCUGACACUGUGCUGACAGUCACCACAGGAGUGCCCCCUGUCACCAAACAAGCCCCCUCCCCUGUCAAUCAUCAGCCUCCUCUGAUACGAAUCCAAGCCCCACCACCUGGAACCACCCAGCCCCACCUGUCACCUGCACCAGGACAUGCACCUGGACCAGCACCUGUGCCAGCUUCUGUCCAAAUCAAAGCUACAAUCCCAGCUCCUGUACCUGUCCAACACCCGGACCCAGCUCCUGUACCUGUCCAAUCCCCGGCCCCAGCUCCUUUACCUGUCCAACCCCUAGCCCCAGCCCCAGCUCCUGUACCUGCCAAACCCCCAGCCCCAGCUCCUGUACCUGCCAAACCCCCAGCCCCAGCCCCAGCUCCUGUACCUGCCAAACCCCCAGCCCAAGCUCCUGUACCUGCCAAACCCCCGGCCCCAGCUCCUGUACCUGCCCAACCUCCAGCCCCAGCUCCUGUACCUGUACAAGCCCCAGCCCCUGUACCUGUACAAGCCCCAGCCCCUGUACCUGUACAAGCCCCGGCCCCAGCUGCAACUCCUGCCGCAGCGGUAUCCAAAGCCCAACCCUCCACCCCUAUAGCUGCCCCACCCCCUACUCCUGUACUCCAGUCACAGCCGCCUCCUGCACCUGCUCCAACACCUGCCAUGACACCUACCCCUGCACCCUCACCUGCACCCUCACCUGCCCCUCCCCCACAUACUCCAGAGCCAGACAGACGCUCAGCGACACCUGGAGGGACGAGAAAAGGUGUGAUGAAGGAUCCAUCAAAGAUGAGGGACAGUCUGUCUUUUAAAUCAUCAGACAGUGAUGUCAGUGAUGUGUCGGCCAUGUCCACCAGCAUCCAAUCCGUCCGUAGGAUCAGUCAGGCAGAGUCUCUGCAGGGCCAAUCAGGGGAGCUGGGGUCAGGGUCAGAGGGCACACAGGAAAUAGUGGGCAUGGCAAAUGACCACGCCACGCCUCAAAAGAGCGACUCGAUGGACGAGGGAGAGGAGGAGGAGCCUGAGCCCGCAAAGGCGGCGUCAGCGCCUGGAGCUCCUCUCACGAAGUCAUCAAGCGUCGGUGGAGAGAUCUGCUCACUAAGCAGGAACGACGACGACGAUGACGACAAAAAGCGACGUUCAAGCUUCGGAGCAAAGAUGAUGGGAAUGGUCGGACUCGGGAAGAAGAGUCAGAGCGCCUCCCAGCUCAACCCUGAGGAGGAGGAGAAGAAGAAAAAGGUGGUGAGACUUCCUGUCCAGAGGAGUGUAGAAACGGGAUUGGCCGUUGAGUUUAAAUCUCGUUUCACCCGACAACAGAGUCGUGACCCGGAUGCCGAGGAUCCGAAACCUGGAGCUUUGAUAUUUCCUGGAGUGAAAUUGGCUUCAGACAAACAGUUCACAGGAUUCCUUGAGGGAUUAGGCCCCGCCCAGCUGGCUGGACGCCAGACCCUUGCCACGCCCCCUAUGGGUGACAUCCAGAUUGGGAUGGUGUACAGAAAGGAGCGCCUGGACGUGGAGGUGAUCCGAGCCCGAGGGCUUGUGGGAAAACAAGGCAACAAGAAUACUCCAGCUCCGUACGUGAAGGUGUAUCUGAUGGAUAAUGGGAAGUGUGUGUUAAAGCGAAGAACUCGUCUGGCGAGAAAAACACUCGACCCUCUUUAUCAGCAGCAGCUGCAGUUUGAAGAAAAUCCAGAAGGAAAAGUUCUGCAGAUCAUCGUGUGGGGUGACUACGGUCGAAUGGAUCACAAAUCCUUCAUGGGCGCUGCUCAGAUCCUAUUGGACGAUCUGGACCUGUCCAACAUGGUGAUUGGUUGGUUUAAACUGUUUCCAGCCACCUCGUUGGUGGACCCUGCUUUGGCCCCACUGACCAAUAAGGAGACAGAGGGCAGCAAGUCGUAGCAUAAGAGGGGCAGGAUCUACAGUAUCGCCAUAGUAACAGGCCAGGAGGAGACAGGAGGGGACAUGCUGUUGCUAGGCAGAGCCUAAAUAAAAGUCCCAUGAUCCUCCUCUGCUGCUGCAUGCUGCAUGAUGACAUCAUAACGAUGACAUAACAGCGCUAAAAUGUUGUCACCAAGAGGAAGUGGGAGGCUCCGCCCCAUGGCGCUCAGACAGGAAAUGACUCUCCCAGUGAGGGUGGGGCAGUGCAGCAAAGGAUGCUGGGAAAAGAAAGGAGAGGAGAGGCCUCCAGCUACAAGGGUCGGCCAAUCAGAGCAGCUCCUCGGGAGUCAUGUGACUGUUAGAGGCAUGUCCACAAAAAAAACAUAGACUCUGAUAGUUUCCAUGGCGACAGGGAACAUGGAAGUCUGGUUCUUUAUGUUUUUGCAUGGAACUUUAAAACAUAAGAAACAUCAACUGUGAAAAAGUUAAAGAACAUGAGAACAUGAAAAAUAAAAAAAUUCUCGACUCAGCGGUUCUCUGAAA